AUGGGGGUUCCCGCGGGUUUCAUCUUCGGCGCAGCCGCGGCCGCGGUGAUCGCCGUGGGAGCGUACAUGUUCUUCUGGCCGGCAUCGGCGGCCGUGGCCAUGAUGAAGGCCCCCGGAUCCGGAGGGCUGCUGAUUUCCCGCCUGGCGUUCGAGGCCAACCCGCAGCGCUACUACUAUCUCCUCCGCACCGCCGGUGCCGCGGUGGCUGCUGCCGCUUUCGCUCCGUGA